CUUCUCUUCCUCCUUCAUCUUACAACGCCUCCUUUUCCUGAUCUUCGACUAUUCUUCUCCCUCAUUCGCCACUGAUGCAAGCAUUUUCGCUUUCGCAGCAGAUCAUGGCCGUAGUCGCCGAAUCGGCAACUUAUCUCAGCUCACUACCUUUGCCAAUGGGCGCUGCCUCACGAUCCUCACAUGUACGCAACAAGGCAUCUGCUACUGUCAAAGCUGCAACUGGAUCUCCACGAAGCACUUCAAACAUGAUUUCAGCAACGUCAGCCAGAGCAUCAGGACAUGGCCACAUCCAUAUUCCUGAAUGCCUCAAACUUGCAGCUAAGAGCAGCGCAUUGUCUUUGUCAACUCUUCGCCAGUCCGUGACGGCGCUGGAAAAGAGUUCCCAGACUGUGACCACGGCGCAUGUUGAAUCACUUUUGUUGCAAGUCAAAGGUCAAUUAAAGCAGCUUGGAGAGCGUCAUCCUACUGCUGCUUCCAGUAGUGCCACUUCCUCAACACGUAGCUCUACGCGUGGUUGGCUUCGAGGUGGGUGUAAUGGAGUAGAGUCAUGGACCAAUAACCAGUCGUUGUUGAUAUCUUCUCCAAAUAGUCGAGCUGCCAUGUCGGGUCAAGGAUGCCGCAGCUAUUCAUCUUUCCGAUUCAUUAAUCACCGCAAGCUUCAGAAACUGGAGGCGGAGGCAAUGGCUAACCCUAACAAUCCAGCUGCUCAAGUAGAGUUUUACAAGGAGCUCUUACGAAUAGAUGACUACGGCGCUAUUAUAUCGCGUUUCGAAUCCGGCAAAUUUGCCACCUCAGAGGCAUCGUUGCAAUACUAUGCAAUCGCAUUAGCACGAACGAAUCAAGCUGAACAAAUCGUGCCUAAGCUUCUCCAGCGACUUCAACGCCAGCCUCUUGCCACAGAAUCUGAGGCAGUGAUCAAUAGUAUAGGGCAGGGAUUACGUCGACCGAACAAUAUUGCAACUUUGGAGAAUGGUGGAGGAGUUGCCAUGGGAGACGCAUUGGCCGCUGCAGGCAACAAAGGCAACCCUAUUUAUGUGGUGAUGGAUGAUAGUAAAACUACAAAAGGAUAUAUGUUAUGGCGAGGACUAAGGUGGCUAGGUAUCACUGUUACCUAUGCGUUUUGCAUCUUGACAUUCCUAUCUCUGGUCUUUGAGAACUCUGGGUUAUUAAAGCCGGCGCCUAGUCAAACAGAGUUCGAACCCUCAUCUGAAAACAACGUUAAAUUCUCGGAUGUUCAGGGCGUAGAUGAGUCUAAGCAAGAGUUAGAAGAGGUGGUGGAAUUCUUAAAGGAUCCUAACAAGUAUAAUCAGCUUGGUGGUAAGCUACCCAAGGGUGUACUCUUGACUGGACCUCCAGGCACCGGUAAAACCAUGUUGGCUCGAGCUGUCGCAGGAGAGGCAGGUGUUCCAUUCUUCUUUAUGAGUGGAAGUGAGUUUGAUGAGAUGUAUGUUGGUGUCGGGGCUCGGAGAGUUCGCGAACUGUUCGCAGCAGCAAGAAGCAGAGCACCCAGUAUCGUAUUCAUUGACGAGCUAGAUGCAAUCGGAGCAAGACGUAACCCAAAGGACCAAACAUAUAUGAAACAGACUCUGAAUCAACUGUUGGUCGAACUGGAUGGAUUUUCGCAGACGGAAGGCGUUAUCAUCAUCGCAGCAACUAAUUUCCCUGAACUGCUAGAUAAAGCAUUAGUCAGACCUGGUCGCUUUGAUCGGCACGUGAAUGUUCCCUUGCCAGACGUCCGUGGAAGAAUGCAAAUUUUGAAACAUCAUCUCAAGAAUAUUAAUACUAGCCCCUCUGUGGACAUUUCGGUAAUUGCACGAGGCACCCCGGGAUUUUCUGGAGCUGAUUUAGCAAAUCUGAUCAACCAAGCUGCAAUCCAAGCAUCGCGUGAAGGCGUUAGUGAAGUGGGCAUCAAACAAUUUGAGCAUGCCAAGGAUAAGAUUUUGAUGGGUGUAGAGCGACGCAGCCAAGUUGUGACGAUGGAAUCAAAAAAGUUAACAGCAUAUCAUGAAGGUGGCCACGCUCUGGUAGCACUUUAUACGCCAGGCGCUAUGCCACUUCACAAGGCGACAAUCAUGCCCCGUGGAAAUGCUUUGGGUGUUACUGUGCAGUUGCCAGAUAUGGACAAAGAUAGCUUCACAAGGAAAGAGUACCUGGCACAGUUGGAUGUUGCGAUGGGGGGUCGUGUAGCAGAGGAGAUGAUUUUUGGAGCAGAGAAUGUGACAAGUGGAUGCUCAAGUGAUAUUGUCCACGCGACAAGGGUGGCCAAGGCAAUGGUAACGCAGUACGGUAUGAGUGAUAAAGUCGGACCAGUAGCUCAUACAGAAGAGGACAUGGCAGUAUUAUCGACGCCAACGAAACAAUUGAUUGAAUCGGAAACAAAAGGUCUGAUCGAAGCUGCAAAUAUCAGGGUACAGCUACUGCUUAAGACACAUAAAGAGGAGCUGCAUCGUUUGGCUAAGGCCCUUGUAGAAUAUGAGACCUUAACACAAGAAGAGAUUCGCCGAGCAAUCGAAGGCAAACCAAUUGUGCGCUAGAAAGAAGAAUUUCUAUUUCCUUUUACUUUAUUUGCUGUUUCUCCUAUUAAUGUAUUUCAGUAUCCUGUCUUUACUGAUCGUCUGCGCUGAAACAAAUGUAAAAUACAGACCAUUUUUUGUCUUCCAUAACUUUUCAGGCACUGCCUGAUAAUAUUUUCUAAUCAAUAAACAGA